AUGUCAUCCGCAACACCAAAGGAAGCGCCUGUCAACGCUAAAGUCAUCGACAUGGCUCGCCUCAGCGGUCCCGCCAACGCGACACCAAAAACCGAUCGAAAGCCGAGCCGCUUCCGCGGACUGUUCAGACAACAAUCAAGCUCGAGCGCAUCGUCCAGUCCCGCUACCCUGCAAAAGUCGCCUCCGCUCGUCGCCUCUAGCCCGUUGGCGUCGCCAUAUGUGCGCCCAGGAUACGAACAAAUCGGUCUCCUACCCAGCGAGCAGUCCAUGCACAGUCUACAGGGACUUGGUGAGACCGAGGUUGGCGAUGGUGAGACGAUUGGCUCUACAGCAGUUGAAAGUGCGUCUCCAAAACGCCAUGCUGAGGAGGCAGGCCGUAACUCCGUUGGAUCUGAGGUCGCCAAGAGCCAGGAUACCUCUCCGCGUACAGCUGGCGGUGCAGAGAAGCGAAGCGGGUUGCCAUUGGGUUCUUCCCACAAGAUCGCAGAGGCCAUGGACAGUAAGUGUCUACCCAGGGCGCUUCGAUACUACAUGCUAACACCGAAACAGACGCGAACAGCAGCCAUGUCAAAGAUGCAUGGUUCGCGGAAUCCGCAGGGCGUCAGAUAUCGCCUGGUGCGUCAAGUUGCUCACGAUGUCAACGCACUCACCAACAAGCUUGCAGAUAGUCCCGGUUACUCCCAGCACGGCGGCCCCGUCGAAGACCCCAACUUGGUGCAGUACAAGAUCACCAGCAUCAAGCGCACAAACGACUUCCUCAAGACUGCUCGUAUAUCGCCGCAACCCCCACUUCUCAUCGACACCGCCAACGAACACGGUUACUCCACGCUUAAGGAUGAAGACGAACCCAGCCCCCGCAAGUCUUUCGCGUCUAACAUCUUCGACGACGACAGCUCGCUGAGUCAAGGCAUCCGCGAGUAUGUCACUAGCAAGAUCGCCGAAGCGCUGGCCGAGCACAACCGGGAGCGACAAGGCGACGCCGAUGCCACGGUCAACAACAUAGCCCCACUGACCCUCGUCAUUAAGAUCGACGCGGCCGGCCUCGCCAAAGCGAAUGUCUCUAAGCGGAUGAUCGGGGACGAUGGAAAGAUCGGCGACUUCCCGGAGCGCCUCACCAUCGGUCCAUUCGAGAUCUCAAAUGCACAGCUUGAACGAGACAUUCAGUUUGGUGUCAUGGCCAUGUACGCGAUUGCCUUCCUCAGCGCAUCUCUUCUAGGACCGAAGACUCUGCUUCUUACUCUCUGGAAAUCGGCGAUCUUUAUGGGGGUUUACGCCGCUCUGCUGCGUCAAUUGUGCUGGACUGAGAAGGUCGAGCGCGACGUGCUGCUGGCGCCUGUGUGCUUCGUGGUUAGUGUGGCUACAGGCAUGGGCGAGCAGCUGCUUGACCAGGUGCGCAUGAUGAUGGUUGCGGUACUCGCUGAGGCUAUCGAACGCGUCGCUCAGAGCUGUGAUGUGCAGUUACAUAGCGGGUAG